GAGUAAAACAUUUUCAAAAUGGUUUUAAAAUCUUUUUAUAUGACCAAAAGGGCACUUUCAGUUUGGUGUUACAUACUUUUAACGUUAGUCUUUUAUACAGGUAUAAAACUAUAUUAUCUAGCCAACAUGUCCACAAAUCUCAACCAAGAAUCAAUAAGGAAUCAUGUGAUAGGAAACUAUCGUAGAAACGAAUAUAAAUUCAUUCUUGUAUGGCCGAACUCAACUAAAUUCAAGCUCCUAGAAAAAGGUGAUGAAACUUUUAUAAAUAACAACUGUGAGUACAAAAAUUGCUUUGCUACUGAUGAUCUACACUUGUUAUCUAGUGUGAAAGAAUUCGACGCUGUAGUAUUCAACGCUUUGGACAUAACGUUGCUACAAAAAAAAGAGUUAUUGAAGGAAAGAUCACUAAAACAGAAGUAUAUUUUCGCCGCGUAUGAGUCGGCUGUAUAUGUACCGAUGUGUUUCCAAUAUUUUGAUGGAUUCUUCAACCUGACCUGGACGUACAAGCUUGAUUCUGAUAUUGUUGCAACAAAUAUAAACAUAUACGAUUUGAAAGGCAAAGUCGUAGGUCCGAGAGUUGAUAUGAAAUGGGUAAAGAAAAUGCUUCCUACAAACGAAGAAUUAAGAUUAAAACUAUCAAAUAAGAUCAAAGCAGCAGCGUGGAUGGUUAACCAAUGUAUUACUUUAAACCGAAGAGAGGAAUUGGUUAAAAAACUAAGGGUUCAACUAGUUAGGUUUGGCUUAACCGUUGAUAUUUACGGAAAAUGUGGUACGCGCGAAUGCCCAGGAAAUAAGACGAUACGACAAUGGAUCUGCAACAAACUGAUUGAGAAUAAUUACUAUUUUUACUUGGCUUUUGAGGAUUCGUGGGCAUCGGAUUAUGUCACUGAGGAACUGUCGAGAGCUUUGAACAAUUAUGCAGUUCCGAUCGUUUAUGGUGGAGCUGAUUAUUCCAGAUUUGUUCCCGAUGGCGCAUAUUUGGAUGCCCGUGAGCUCGGGGAAGUGGAACUCGCCUACAAAAUGAAUGAAAUCAUCAACAAUAAAACGAAGUACUACGACUUCUUCCGAUGGAGAAACCACUACAAGUAUACCAUAAACACUGAUGCGUCGAAGAAAGAUGUAUGCCAACUAUGCGCUUUGCUUAACAAUAAAGACAAGAUGUCGGAAGUCACUGUAUGGAAGAAGUUUAGGGAAUGGUGGAAUGAGGGGAAUUUCGAUUGCAGAUAUCAUGAGUUCUUUGAUUUCAAAUAAUUAUGACCAUCUAUUCUGCCGUUUGAUACCUUAAAAGCUGUUAUGUGCAAAAAAAUGAUUUUUGCUAUUUUUUAUUUAAAAUAGUAGGUAGGUACUAAGUAGUUAACUUAGUUGUAGAUCUAAAAAAAGCAAUAAAAUAUCUAAUUUUUAGAUCGUU